CGUCUGCUGUUGUACCGAUAAAAAAGGCAGGAUUCGUGUAGCCUUGAACCGGCACGUGUGAGAUAACUUCAUCUACCUGUCAUUUCGUGUUAAUUCGUUAGCGUCAAAAAUCAUGUCAGCCAUGAAGAGCGCUCCAGGACUCAAAUCGAUGCUAAAGGAAGGCGCUCAACACUUCUCCGGCCUAGAGGAGGCUGUACUUCGUAACAUUGAAGCGUGUGGAGAGUUGGGUCAAACGUUAAGUUCGGCGUUCGGUCCGAACGGGUUAAAUAAAAUGGUGAUCAAUCACAUUGAAAAGCUGUUCGUGACCAAUGAUGCUGCUUGUAUUCUCAAAGAGCUUGAGGUUCAACACCCAGCGGCUAAGAUGCUCGUUAUGGCUUCACAAAUGCAAGAGUCAGAGGUAGGGGAUGGCACAAAUCAAGUUUUGAUGAUUGCGUCAGCACUACUUAGCGGAGCCGACGAGCUUUUAAGGAUGGGUAUUAAGCCAGUAGAAGUUGCAGAGGGAUACGAACUUGCGCUCAAAAAGGCAUUGAGCAUUUUGCCUGAAUUAACUGUUAGCGAGGUUAAAGACUACAGGAACCAAGCGGAGGUAAAGAAAGCCAUACGCGCUGCUAUAAUGUCUAAGCAACUGGGUCAUGAGGACUUCCUGGUCGAUUUGGUGGCGAAAGCUUGCAUCUCUAUUCUGCCAGAAGAGACUGCGUUUAAUGUCGACAAUGUGCGCGUUUGCAAGAUUCUCGGGUCGGGCAUCACCCAGAGCAGCGUCAUCCAAGGAAUGGUCUUCAAGCGCACUGUCGAAGGCGAUGUUACGAAACAGGGUUCAGCCAAGGUCGUCGUUUACACCUGCCCAUUCGACUCGAUGCAGACGGAGACGAAAGGCACCGUAUUAAUUAAAACCGCGCAAGAGCUGCAGGAUUUCAGUAAGGGCGAGGAAGAUAUGCUGGAGGCCCAGGUAAAAGCUAUUUCUGACACAGGGUGUAAAGUCGUUGUCACCGGAGGUAAGGUUGGCGAGUUGGCUCUUCACUAUUUAAACAAGUAUGACCUAAUGGUAGUUCGACUUCCGUCAAAGUUCGACGUACGUCGUGUGUGCAAAAUUGUCAAUGCAACCCCUUUGCCAAAGAUGUGCACACCUACACAAGAGGACCUCGGUCUCUGUGAUUUGGUCUAUGUGGAUGAGAUUGGUGAUACGCCUGUUGUCGUCUUCCGUCAGGAGGGACAAGAAAGCCGGAUUUCAUCAGUGAUUAUUCGUGGCUCGACAGACAAUUACAUGGACGAUGUGGAGCGUGCGAUUGAUGAUGGAGUGAAUAAUUUCAAAGCUCUCUCGAGAGAUGGUCGACUCCUCGCAGGUGCAGGCGCAUUUGAAGUUGAACUGGCCCGACGAAUCCAGGCAUAUGGUGAUACGUUGCCAGGAUUAGAGCAAUAUGCCGUGAAGAAGUUUGCUGAGGCUCUUGAGUGCGUUCCAAAGGCUUUGUGCGAGAAUUCGGGCGUGAAGCACAUGGACGUACUGACCAAAAUGCAGGCUGCUCAUCAUGAAGGCAAGACAAACACUGGCUUCAAUAUUGACGGUGAUUAUGAUAAAGGAUAUCUAAUCGAUGCCGUUGAAGCAGGCAUUUUCGACCUACUCUUAACGAAACAAUGGGCUCUUAAGUAUGCGGUCGAUGCGGCUGCGACGGUGUUGAAGGUUGAUGAGAUGAUCAUGGCCAAACCCGCUGGUGGACCUAAGCCCAAAGAAAAUAAAGAUUGGGAUGAAGACUAGGUCUCCUGUUAUCAUCUUUGAAUAAGCGAUUGCUGCUUGGGCGAAAAAUAUACAUGAAGCAAAGGAAUUCUACCAGUGCGACACGAAACCAGAUUUCGAUAAUUAUCAAGAUUGGUCUCAUCAUCUGGCCGAAGCUAACCUAUAACACAGUGAUGAAGUACCAUCAGCUGGCCAGGCAAAGUUGCAAACUAGUUACUACUAAUAUUACUAUAUAUGAACGUAUAGAUCCAAAACACAUUUCCAUGCAUAUUGUGUUUAAGGAACUAAUUACUAUGUAUUUUUUCACCACUUAAUUAAAAAUGGGGAAGCUUUAAAUGAGAAAGUGCGAAAUGGGGUGCGAAACAAACGAAUAAAACAUAAUAAAGUUUGUUUACAAUAUUA